UAUACAGUGGCCAGGGGCGGGGCUUGCAUUUUUGCCGUCGCCUGUCGCCGCUACAGCGCAGCACACCGACACCGGCCGCGGCUCGCCUCCACGCGCCGGCUCGGAAGAGGGGCUGUCGGCGGCGCAGCAGAGCGGCUCGCCUCGGCGCUCGAGCCGCCGACAGCCCCACUCCUCGACGUGACGGCCGCUCCCGGAGCCAGCCGGUGCGCGCCCGACCCACGCCCCCUCUCGCACCCCUCCGACCCCCCCUGCGCGGCGCACCCGCCCGCUGUGCGCCGGCUCGAGCGCCUAUCGCCAAAUCGCGACGUUUGA